GGCGAGCUUCGUAGCCUGGGAAAAGAUCCUGGCGUGACGAUUUCUGCAUCCCACUGAAAGCCCUUUCUUGGAGGAUUGGUAUAUCUCCAGGGCCCCUUUGUCCUAAGGACUUCGACCUUUCUCGAGGCAUUUUCACAAUCUUCCUGAGCUCAAGUCGUUUUCUUUUCGUAGCCUGUCAAACCAUGAUGGGUCGAUCUUUGUGCCUUUGGCUUCUGGCCCUCUGGCUCUCGCCAGCACUUGCAGGGAUGGAUUGGGACAUCCAAUGCAUGGCUGGUAUUAACACGGCCGUCUCCGAAAUCUCAUUCGUACCCAUCUCAGAAGAAUAUUACCCGAACAUGUGCCGAAAUGAGUUGAUUGUCAAUUCUUGGUGGGCUGCGGCAAAGCUCUAUUGCACUCCAAAAGAGAUCGAGGCAGGAGAAAAGCUCUACGCCGGAUAUUGUGAAGAGUAUGGCGGUGUCGAGCUCGUCACCUACGCUGAAACACUUCCCAUCCUCACCGACGAGUACAUCGCUGCCCUGAAUAUUGUGACAUAUGACACACGAGAUGCUUCAGUGGUAUGGGAGACGCCCGUCUUGAUAUCUUAUGAUCUUUAUGAAGCCGGCUACAGGAGUUCUGUAUGUAUAACCCGAGUCGGAGCUUGACGCAAGGGACGAUCAUACUCUGACAAGGAGACUGACAAUUGAUAGUCCGCGUUUGACAUGCAAUAUGUCCUGCAUAAGCAAUAUGGCUGGGGAGUCUAUGGGUUCUGGGGCGCAUUGCUUCUCAUUGGGAUUGCGAACCGUUUCAUCUCCCACAUCCUUGCUUCCCGUUCCAUUCGCAAGACCAUUGACAUUGAGGGCGAGGCUCCAGCUUCCAACCCUCGAACGGGGCUUUCACGGUUGCUGAGCCCCUUUGUUUCUGUACACCAUUGGUUCCGCGCAAAUUUGAUCAUUCCGGCUGCUUUCGGCUCCUAUCAUCAACGUCUGUACUACUGGUGUAGCAUCCCAACACGUAUGGAGACCAUCAUCUUGGCCCUAUUCUGGAUCCUCAACUUUGUCCUUUGCUGUGUGUCUUAUGACAUUUUUGAACAAAAUCUAUACUAUACCAAGGCUAUUCAAGCGUGGAGAUACAUUUCAGACAGGACUGGUAUCAUCUGUUAUGCUAACCUGCCUUUUCUCUGGAUGUUCUCUGGUAGAAACAACGUCUUUCUUUGGUUGACUGGGUGGAGUUUCUCAUCCUUCAACAUUUUCCACCGUCAUAUCGCUCGCGUUGCCACGAUCCAGGCUAUUGUUCACUCAAUUGGUUGGAGCGCUAUUGAGAUCCAUUAUGGCUAUUUCGCCUAUUCAUGGCAACAGCAGUACUGGUAUAUGGGAGGCAUGGCUACCAUCACUAUGAGCUUGCUCUUGGUCUUUUCGUCCGUUUGGGCUCGAUUGAACCACUAUGAGAUUUUCUUGUUUAUUCACAUUGCCCUCUCUGUGCUCACUCUCGUUGGACUCUUCUAUCACACGGCUAUUUUCACUACUAGAGAGUAUGACGGCUACCUCUGGCCUUGCGUUGCAAUUUGGCUAUUUGAUAGGUUUGCCCGUCUCGGACGCCUGGUAUACUGCAAUGUCCGGGCACGUUCUGGUGUUCCCAAGACUAGCAGGGCAAUUGCCACGUACAACAAAGAGUCCGACAUGCUUCGGAUUGAGGCUUUCCCAGGAUCUCGAUUGCUUAAGCCUGGACCUGGUCAACAUUAUUACAUCUAUCAGUUCAAUAAGCUGAGAUUUUGGGAGAAUCAUCCUUUUACUCUAGCGGCAUAUUACGCCGCUGGUGAAGAAGAAGGUGAUCCCGUUGAGGGUUUCACUAACCAGCCUAGUUCUGACCCUGACGUUCGACCUACACUCAUAAUGGAGAAAUCCGAAGGCAGCAUUGGAUCUGACAACAUGCCUUCUUCUUCAGGGUCUACAUCACCAACGCCAACAUCAUUGUCAGACACCAAACUCGAAACCUCAAGACCACUGAUUGCCCCAGGACAACACAAGCUGGUAUUCUUCAUUCGACCAUUCAACGGCUGGACUAAACGCCUCCGCGACGAGUGCGUGAAGGCAGGACCACAAGGCAUAACCAACACGAGAAUCCUCGUGGAAGGCCCCUAUGGAGAAUGUAGUCCACUCAGGAGCUUCGAGAACGUCAUCUUCGUCGUCGGAGGCACAGGAAUUGCAGGUGCAGUUCCAUAUCUCCAGCAACAUCUACGGUUGACCUCACCAAAGCAAUCUCCAUCCCCUGAUUCUCAACAACAGACCAGGGGAACACGGACCCGUAACAUCACCGUCAUCUGGGCCACAAAGCAAUCUGCGAUGAUCCGAGACAUCGCAUCUCGUGAACUACGACCAUUCCUACACCGAGAAGAUAUCACCUUCAAAUUCUUCGCUACGCGGGACAAGAAGGCCAAGGCUCUUGUCGCUCCCGAAAAACUCAAGGCGAUUGCCUCUCCAUCGUCAAUCGAUUUCGAUGACAUUGAGAUCUCCAGUCACAGACCUAAUAUCCAGGAGGAUGUUUCGGCUUUUGUCGACCAGGUGAAUGCCGCUGGCUCCAGGGGAGGAAAAAUCGCUAUCCUUACCUGUGGGCCUGCGGCUAUGGCUGAUGAGGCUCGUGCUGCUGCCCAUAGAGCCUUGAAACAGGGUAAGAAGGGACUGGAAUAUAUCGAGGAAGCUUUUGGAUGGUGAAGUAACAAGACCAAAAGCCAAAGAUUUGUAUGCGUUACGAGAUCAAGAAGCAAUAGAUCCAGCGAUCGUUCCACCGUUGGGAAUGCUCUACCAUGGUAGCUAGGCUUAGAGAGUAGUAUUCUCUGUAUCGUAGGGUUGGAAACUACUGAAUGAUGAAACGAGUUUAUCAAGAAUGUUUCUUCUCUUCAGACAAAGUAAGUUAGUUGCAGAUACAAGUGGCGACUCAGACCUGGAGGUCCAAAGUUGAGAGAAGAUUUGAUCGUGGCUUCAUAAGCG